UUUUGCAUUCACCACGAGCUUGUCAGAAAAUUAUUACUUCCACAAAGGGUGCCUGGGCCUGAGGCAGUGCAGGACUCCUAUAAAAAUCAGCCCAACGCUCUGCUCUCUCAUCCACUUCUUUCACCUCCUUCUCCUUGGCAAUCAGGUGAACCUCUGGCCCAGAGACAUGUCCUGCUGCAACCCAUGCGUGCCCUGCCAGCCCUGCGGCCCAACCCCACUGGCCAACAGCUGCAAUGAGCCCUGUGUCAGGCAGUGCCAGAACUCCACCGUUGUCAUUGAGCCCUCCCCCGUGGUGGUGACCCUGCCCGGCCCCAUCCUCAGCUCCUUCCCUCAGAACACCGUUGUGGGCUCCUCCACCUCUGCUGCUGUUGGCAGCAUCCUCAGCUGUGAGGGAGUGCCCAUCAACUCUGGGGGCUUUGACCUCUCCUGCAUUACCAGCCGCUACUGUGGCAAUAGAUGUCGCCCCUGCUAAAGCUGCUGGCAACGUCCUUGGGCAAGAACCUGCUGAGACCUUGGAACAUGGUCCUCGAAAGGAAAUAGAGCUUCAUGGCAUUGCAUUCAGACCUUUGAACCAUUGUUUCCUUCUUCCACUUGUGUCUCUGUCUUUUUCCUUUGCCGAUUCUGUCUCCAAGGCCAGCCUAGCAGUGACCUGUUUCUCUCUCGCCCUUCAGGAGUUUCACCACGUCCUUGGGGCUGUCUGUGGUGCUCCCUCUGAGCCACCUCCUUUCCUUCUUGAGACUCAUUAAAGUUGUGCUGCAUCCAA